UCAUCCAAACUGCAAUUUUUUUUCGUUUCAGAUCUGAGUAUGGCUUUCAAGCUAAUUAUCAUCCUGCUUGGACUGAGUCUCACUGGUCUUGUUGUUGGACGUUGCCCCGAACCCGAAACUCUCCAGUACAAAGUAAAGACGAAUACGGGGUACAAAUUCCUUUGUGCGCGCCUCUAUGAUUACAGUCACUACGACAGACUGUUAUCAUGCACUGGAAAAUCGUGGGAUGUUCUCAACGGGGAGACCUAUCCGGGUAGAGGUCGUGAUGGGUGGAAUGACCGCGUUUCUUCGCUGGUUGUACGACCGGGUUGCACUUUGACUGCCUACGUACACGGCCAAUUUAGAGGAGAUGCUAAUGAAUAUACAGGCAUUUUUUCUCAUCUUGGAGGUUGGAACAAUUAUAUGUCUUCGUGGACAUGCUAUUGUCCCUACUCUGACGUUCCGUUAAACUGUAGACCGGAAGAUAGGGUUGUUACGGUGAACGUAUGCCACAAUCCCAAUUCCGUGACCAUGACGUGCCAUUAUGCUGUUCAGAAAGGCAUAGUUUUAGGAAGUUCUGUUACUCAAGGAAAGAGUGUGUCUACUGCCGUCGAAGUAUCGAUGGGAGCCGUCUUUAAGGAGAUUUUCUCAGUUGGGUUGUCGGUGUCAACUACUACAACGCAUGACUGGUCGAGUAGUCAGAGCGAGGAGUUCAGCGAGGUCACUACUCAUACAGUUACUUGUGAUGUUCCAGGCGGUAGUCGCUUGGCAGUGAAACAAGUCGUCGGCGUAUGUGGGGACACAAACGUGUACAGCAAUGAGUAUCGGUGUGAAGUAUUAACAGAUGCCACCAAUGAGGGAUAGAUGAAAACACCUGGACAGAUGGAACCGGUGACGAAGCAAAUCUGACGAAUAAUAUGCGAAAGUAGUGCCUUGUUCGGCCUAUCAACACAUAUCAAAUGUGCGAUUCGUUGUAUGAGCGCUGGAAUUUCAACCCUAAUUAUAUAAUUGAUAGUUCCUCUGCAUCUUUUUCCUUGGUGAUUUUUACAUUAACUUGUAUUUGGUUUAAAUAGUCUUCCUUAAGUUUGGUAAACUAGUCGAUUCCGACAUUGUGCCUUUUUCCUUUUUUAAAAUUUGACAUAAAAUAAUUCCUGUUAGAUUUCUUUGUUAUUGUUUGAUGGAUACUCGAAACUUUGACUCCAUGAGUAUUUAUCGUGUGUGGGAUGUUUUAAAUGAGCUCUUAAAAUUCCCAGGAUUCAAAUAAGCUGUAUGCGAUCUUGACAUGGUAAUCAUUCGUCUUUUGAACUGAAGAUGGGUUCUCUGGUAUUGGUAUAAAUAUCAAUUUGAUCUUCCAAUAGUAGAAUUACGACAAUAAGCUUAUUGAAAAAAAAAAUUAAUCAUACUCUACAUAUUGCCAAAAUAUGUAAAGUCGUAAAGUUGAAUAAAAAACUAGAUAUAGGAGUUUCUUUGACGCCAUUUUUUCCCUGGACUUCUUUUUUCACCAGGUCUGGACAAUGUGCACAUGAUACUUGACUGAACCCCGUAGCUCUCUGCCCCCUCUCUCUCUACACAUAAACCCGUACACCCCACCCCCACACACUGACACAGGUCUCACCACACACACACCCUUGCACUCCCAAACACACUCUCACACGCACCCCACACACAUUGCUUUUCAGAAUGUUUUACCCCUCCCCCUCACACAGACACAGGUCUCAGCACACACACACACACACCCUUGCACCCCCCACACACUCACUCUUACACGCACCCCACACACAUUGCUUCUCAGAAUGUUUUUUUUAAGGAGACCGUGAUUAUUAUGAUAUUUGAUUCGGGACAAUUCAUGAAAUUAAAACCAAGAUCAUUCAAUGCAUUAUCAAGUAAUCCACUAUAUUUUGAAAACAGCAGUCACCCCCUCCCCUUUCGCAUGGUUCAAAAGAUAAAAAAGUCAAGCAUUUUAAUACUUAUAGGUAAGGGGCUCAGAAAUUCUUACUCUUUAUUCAUGUUAUGAUAAAUAUCAUUGACUUGAUGCAGGAUUGUUUUUUUAAGCAACAACUUACUAUUUUUUUUCGAAUAAUGAAUUUUCUUCGAUUUAAAAUUGCAUGAGUUUCCUGAUACAAAUAAUAACGUUGGGGUUUUGAUAUGAAUGCGUCUUCACGACGCUAUUCAUUUUCUUUAAAUGUGUUUUCCUUUGUUUUAAUAAAAGUAACUUCCAGGCGGUAAAUUUCCCAUUUGAUUUACGGCUUUGUAUACAUCAGUCAUUCCAUUAAGCAUUAAUAAGUGAUGUUUUCAUUUCUUGUGUUUAAUGUAAUUCAUCUUAGUACUGCUUUUGUUUCAUCUCGAACAGUUCCAUUGUCAUAUCAAUCUCUUCCCUGCAAAUCAUGAAUUCUUCGUUAAAAUGCUAACUUCUCCUUUAUACAACUUUAAACCAAUUUGUUGCUUUAUUUACCCUGGAAGAUAUUUACUAAUAAUUAACACUGCUUUGGUCAGUAACUCUAUGAUUACUUUGAAUAUUAUUCUCAAUCGGAGAAUUCUAAAGUUCAUCGCUUGUUAUUUAUGGUGGAAGGUAUUAUAAUAAAAAAAAAAUCAAUCUUUGAUUUAUCAAUAUUGAA